AUGUUUGGGAAUCUAGCAGCUAGAAUAUCUACACGUACUUUCACAACAGCCCGUUCGAGAAGAGUAUGUUCCUUCAAGCUUUGCACGCGUGCACCAAAGAUUCGUCCCUUUCAUAGUACAACUACAAGCUCCUUUGCGAACACACCAAAUGAUUUACCCAACAGUAAUAACUCUCCAUUGAAACCCACAAAAGAUAAUAAUUUAACUUCCACUCCUCCAAGCUCCGCUAAAGAUGCACAGCCCACUUCACAAGAAGAGACUGAAGGUAACCAACCUUCGGAAGAUAAUCAAACGAUAUCCUCUCCUGAAACUAACUCAACAGACCAUGUUUCGGAAUACAUCUUGCGGGCAUCUAGACGCAAACGUUCAGUGCCUCGUACUCGCGCACGCGCAACGAAACAGGCAAAUCCCUACAAGCCUGUGAUACCCCAAUUAUUUCUCAAUGAAAAUUACUUGGCAUUUCAAGAUAAUAACCAUUCUUUCGCAUCAAUGAGGUAUCCUCUGGAAGAUGGUAUACGCGAUGAAAUUUUAUAUAGUGCACGAACAAAUUUACUCCCAAUUCCCAAAGGAGACGGGGUCCCUCCACGACGUGGCCAUUUAUUAUUGCAUUUCCCGAUUGAAGGCGCAUCUUAUUACUUGGAUUCCAUUGUAAAGAGUGUUGCGGCAUCUUUACGUGCCGACUUGCUAACUUUUGAUCGACAAGAUUUGAUGGAACUGACCGCGAGUAUGUUCUCACGGAAGGGCAAUGUAAAUCCAUGGCCCCUAUUUCCGGAAUUGAAAGGGUUCAAUCCAUACAUUUCUGCGUCACCAUAUUCCACGGCUUCAUUUCCUUCAGAGGACGAGAUAGAAGAUGAUGUUUUCAUAGACGAAGAGGAGAGCUACGACUCGUCCCGUAAUUCUGGUUACGAAAAUAAGAAUUUAAUUGACAAUUUUCAAUAUAAUUCAUCCCAAGCAAAUGGAUCCAUGCGUUCAGAGAUGAAGAUUAUUCUCGAAAAAAUUGAUCGAUUUUUUGAGGCAUUGGUUUCAACGUCUCUUACAUCUGCAUCUACCUCUCCCGGCAAAGCACCCCCGCCAAAGAUCAUUUAUUUCCGAGAUAUUGGAGAUUUAAUUCCGACUACGUUUGGCACAGCACUGAUUAAUGGCCUUGUCGAAGCCGUGCAAAAUCAACGAUAUGCUGGCGAUCAAGUCAUGAUAAUUGCUGGAUAUUCUCCUUCAUUGUUUGCCUUAGAAAAGAAGCUCUUUUUGAAUAAUGCCAUGCCCAACGAAGUUCAGUGGAUUAACGUUGAGAUACUUCCUAAUGUAGCAAUGUUUUCGGCUUUCACACAUAUAGCCAUUCCUCCUCCAUCAUCACCAAAAUUGGCACAACUUUUGCAUACCAUGAUUUCAGAAGAUAAGAAUGUUGCCAUAAGACACAUUAACGUUCGCACUCUAAAAGCUGUUUGCGCAAGUAAAGGAGCGUAUUUUAAAACCUCUAACAUUAAAGAACUUGGGAAGCUUCUUAUGAAAUUGGAAGGGUUAGAUAGUGAGGUUUGGGGAUUUGAGCGCGUUCACAGGCUGGUAACGAAUGCUAUUGGUGUAUCUCUCGAAGGUCUGGAUAUUUCGUCCCACAAUGGUCCAGUAUAUUUGGAGGCUGAACAUUUUAUCCAAGCUUCGCAAACCUUGAAGAAUAAUAAAAGGCUACGGAAGGAUUUUGUGGAUUCUGUUACAACCAACAGUGAUGAAGGAAACAAAGGUCCUGAAAAGUUGGUUAGCGUUGUGGGCAUCGGUGAUGGCAAAAUAAUUUUACCAAAUCGUAAAAAUAUGAAGAAAGAGGAUCUCGAUAAAUACGAAAAAAAAUUAUUGGGAUGCGUUGUUGAUCCAGAGAAUAUAAAUGUAGCAUUCUCUGAUAUACACGUAGCACAAUCUACGAUACAGACUCUCCAAACAUUGAUUACUCUACCAUUAAUGCGACCUCAGUCGUUUUCUUAUGGUGUUUUGCGUAAGCAUUUUAUUUCCGGUGUGUUACUAUUUGGACCGCCGGGGACCGGUAAAACGAUGCUGGCAAAAGCCGUAGCCAAAGAAAGUGGUAGUACAGUGAUUGAGAUUAAGUCUAGCGAUGUGUAUGAUAUGUACGUUGGUGAAGGUGAGAAGAAUGUUAGGGCAAUAUUUUCUCUUGCGCAUAAGUUAUCACCGUGCGUAAUAUUUUUGGACGAGCUCGAUGCCAUUUUCGGUUCCAGGCGCUCGGAUAUACAUAACGGUGCACAUCGGGAGAUCAUCAAUCAAUUUAUGGCGGAGUGGGAUGGCCUAACAUCUCGUAAUGAAGGUGUAUUAAUAAUGGGAGCGACCAACAGACCAUUUGACUUGGAUGAUGCAAUUCUAAGGAGAAUGCCGAGGCGCAUAUUAGUCGAUCUGCCCAACGAAAAAGAUCGUGAACAGAUUCUCCAUUUGCAUCUCCGUGAAGAGAAACUUGAUUCGCUGAUAAACUUAUCUGAACUUGCCAAAAUAACAAAAUUUUAUUCGGGAUCGGAUUUGAAAAACUUAUGUAUAAGUGCUGCAUUGGCUGCAGUGAGAGAAGAUGCGGAGAAAGAGCAAAUCAACAAUACCAAUGACAAUGGUAAAAAUACGAUAGCAAAGGGGGUUGCCAAUGGCGUUGAUAAGCCGUCGUCUGUCAGGAUUUUGAAAAAUUACCAUUUCCAACUAGCGCUCAAACAGGUGACGCCUUCCUGCUCGGAAGACAUGUCAAGUUUGACCGAGUUGAGAAAAUGGGACGGAUUGUACGGGGAUGGUGCAUGGAGUAGAAAAAAACGCGUAAAAGGUAUAGGGUUUGAUGGCGACGCUGGCUUGCCUGAUGUGCAAUCUCAAUUUGGUGAAAUAAAUCCGUGA